AUGGCGAAAAACGUUCAGUUGAAGUUGCUACAAAAGAGAGAGAGGCAAAUAGUGCUUCUCAUGGACAGUGUUGACCGAUUCGUGCAGAAUUAUGAACCAGAUCGUGAUGAGUGUCAGAUUGCUUCAAGGCUCGGAGCCUUGGAGCCUGUGUUCGACGAAUUUCAUGAAGUGCGCAGUAAAAUCGAGCUGAUCUUUUAUGAAAGUGAAGAGAAGAAGGCCAAGGAGCUCUACGGCGACGCCAAAGAUGAAGCAGAAGCCCAACGUGACGAAGAAAACGACAUGCUGCUGCUGAGUUUUGAAGAUCGUUUCUUCCGAUUGAAGGGUGCUCUAUCGAAACUUCAACAUAAACGUGAACAAGCUUCACAUGACGACAACUCCUUUCAUCGUGAAAGCCAUGCCUCCAUGGGGUCGAGAGUUAAGCUGCCAGAAAUCCGAUUGCCCAGUUUCAGUGGAAAACUUCGCGAAUGGGUUUCAUUCCGCGACAGUUUUCAAAGUUUGAUCCACAACAACGGACAACUCGCACCCAUGGAAAAGUUUUCAUACCUCAGGUCAUCGUUAAGCGGCGAAGCACUCGAAGAAGUUAUCUCUAUCGAACUCUCAGACGUCAAUUACACUGUCGCCUGGGAGAUUCUGACAGAGCGCUAUGAGAAUAAGAAGCUGAUAGUGAAGGCGUACCUAGACGCACUAUUUUCCCUCGAACCGAUCAGAAAAGAGGGGUAUGAGAGCAUCAACAAUCUCAUAUCUGAAUUCGAAAAGAAUCUUAUGAUGCUGCAGAAGGUCGGCGAAGACACUGAUGGCUGGAGCACCAUUUUAGCGCACAUGCUGCACUCGCGACUAGACCCUGUCUCUCUGAGAAACUGGGAAACUCAACACAACAGUAAGGAGGUUCCAAAAUACGAGGACAUGAAGAAGUUUUUGCGCAAUUACUGCUCCGUUCUACAGUCAGUUGCCCCGAUGAAAGAACCCCGCUACAACAUACCAGAUCAUCAUCAGCCAAGAACCCAAUCAGCGAGCUACACGACAUUUAAGUCCUCAAACCAGUGUCCAUUUUGUAGUGAAACGUGGCACUCACCGUUUCACUGCCAGAGAUUCCUUCGAUUGAAGAUAUCAGAACGUGUUGAAGCCGCCAAUCGAAGUCGAGUCUGUAGAAAUUGA